UUUCUAAACUCAGUUCUUCAUAUACCCCCUACCCCCCCACCCCACUCCACCCCACCCCCUACUCACCUCACCCACAUCGCCGGUAUCUAGUUGAUCCUCAAGCAUGACCAUGCUGAAUCCUCAACCGUUGGAUCAGCAGGAAGACGAGGAGAUGCUUGUACCACAUUCUGACUUAGUAGAAGGUCCUCAGCCUUUAGUCGAAGGACCUCAGCCAAUGGAAGUGGCUCCUCCUGAGAAUGCUACUACAGGGGAGAACCAAGCUGUGGACGAGCCGCAGGCUUCCCGGUUUACCUGGACAAUUGACGAGUUCUCUCGGUUAUCUGUGAAGAAGCUAUAUUCUGAGCCUUUUGUUGUUGGUAGUUAUAAAUGGAGAGUGCUUAUAUUUCCAAAAGGAAACAACGUGGAAUGUUUGUCAAUGUAUUUAGAUGUGGCAGAUUCAUCUACAUUGCCAUAUGGGUGGAACAGAUAUGCUCAGUUCAGCUUAACAGUUGUAAAUCAAAUAAACCCCAAAUAUUCAGUGAAAAAAGAGACGCAGCACCAGUUUAACCAAAGAGAGAGUGAUUGGGGCUUCACAUCAUUCAUGCUUCUAAGUGAUCUUUAUGACCCCAAUAAGGGAUAUCUCGUAAAUGAUAAAGUUGUUAUUGAAGCUGAUGUUGCUGUACGGAAGGUCAUUGAUUACUGGACAUAUGACUCGAAGAAAGAAACGGGAUAUGUUGGGCUUAAGAAUCAGGGAGCUACUUGUUACAUGAACUCUCUCCUACAAACCUUGUACCAUAUCCCCUACUUUAGAAAGGCUGUGUAUCAUAUGCCAACCACAGAGAAUGACAUGCCAUCAGGGAGUAUUCCAUUGGCUCUGCAAAGUUUAUUUUAUAAGCUCCAAUAUAGUGAUACCAGUGUGGCGACAAAAGAAUUGACAAAAUCUUUUGGAUGGGACACUUAUGAUUCAUUCAUGCAGCAUGACGUGCAAGAACUAAACAGAGUGUUGUGUGAAAAGCUUGAAGACAAGAUGAAGGGUACGGUUGUGGAAGGGACAAUUCAGAAGUUAUUUGAGGGGCACCAUAUGAAUUACAUAGAAUGUAUUAAUGUGGACUUCAAAUCAACGAGAAAAGAGUCAUUUUAUGAUCUUCAGCUCGAUGUGAAAGGCUGCCGCGAUGUUUAUGCUUCUUUUGACAAGUAUGUUGAAGUCGAACGUCUAGAAGGCGAUAAUAAGUACCAUGCUGAAGCACAUGGUUUGCAGGAUGCAAAAAAGGGUGUACUAUUUAUUGACUUCCCUCCAGUUCUUCAGCUUCAGUUAAAGAGGUUUGAAUAUGAUUUCAUGCGAGAUACUAUGGUUAAGAUAAACGACCGCUAUGAAUUUCCUCUAGAGCUUGACCUUGAUAGGGAGAACGGAAAAUAUUUGUCUCCUGAUGCAGAUAAGAGUGUACGGAAUCUCUAUACACUUCAUAGUGUGUUGGUUCAUAGCGGCGGUGUGCAUGGUGGACAUUAUUAUGCUUUCAUCAGGCCAACACUGUCAGAUCAAUGGUAUAAGUUUGAUGAUGAACGGGUGACAAAAGAAGACAACAAGAGGGCUCUAGAGGAACAAUAUGGUGGAGAGGAGGAGGUAUACAUCUCUAACAGCAUACCUAAAUUGUGUCUUGCUGUGUCAUACUUUGACUCUUACUUACUUUUGCUUUUACAGUUGCCACAGACAAAUCCUGGCUUCAAUAACACUCCCUUCAAGUUUACAAAGUACUCCAAUGCUUACAUGCUUGUUUAUAUACGUGAGAGUGACAAGGAUAAAAUAAUCUGUGAUGUCGGUGAGAAGGACAUUGCGGAACACCUAAGGAUAAGGUUGAAGAAAGAACAAGAAGAGAAGGAGGACAAGAGACGAUACAAAGCACAAGCCCACCUUUAUACAAUCAUCAAGGUUGCACGUGAUGAGGAUCUUAGAGAACAGAUUGGUAAGGAGAUAUAUUUUGAUCUUGUUGAUCAUGACAAAGUUCGUAGCUUUCGAAUCCAGAAACAGAUGCCUUUUAACCUUUUCAAGGAGGAGGUUGCAAAAGAAUUGGGUAUCCCAGUUCAAUUCCAGCGUUUCUGGAUUUGGGCAAAGCGGCAAAAUCACACUUACCGGCCCAAUCGCCCAUUAACUCCGCAGGAGGAACUACAAACAGUUGGUCAGUUAAGGGAAGUUUCUAACAAGACCAACAAUGCUGAGUUAAAAUUAUUUUUGGAAGUGGAGUGUGGCCUGGAUCUCAUUCCUGGUCCUCCACCUGACAAAAGUAAAGAUGAUAUACUCCUUUUCUUUAAGCUUUAUGAUCCUGAAAAAGAAGAGCCCCGUUAUGUUGGUAGGCUUUUCGUGAAGAGUACUAGUAAGCCAAUUGAGAUACUUCCAAAACUUAAUGAAUUGGCUGGAUUUGCUCCUGACCAAGAAAUCGAACUUUUUGAGGAAAUAAAAUUUGAACCUUCUGUCAUGUGUGAAAGACUAGACAGAAAGGCUUCAUUUCGAUUUAGCCAGAUUGAAGAUGGGGAUAUUAUAUGUUUUCAGAAGAAAGCUUCUCCUGAAGUUGAAGAGCAAGUCCGAUUUCCAGAUGUUCCUUCAUAUAUGGAAUACGUCAAAAAUCGCCAGAUUGUCCAUUUCAGAGCGCUGGAAAAACCGAAGGAGGAUGAUUUCUGUCUGGAGUUAGCAAAAAGUGAUACAUAUGAUGAAGUAGUGGAGAGAGUGGCGCAGCGGCUUGGUGUGGAUGAUCCCUCCAAAAUUAGGCUUACUCCUCACAACUGCUACUCGCAGCAACCCAAGCCCAACCCUAUCAAAUAUCGGUCUGUGGAUAAUUUGGUAGACAUGCUUAUCCAUUACAAUCAGAUCUCCGAUAUUCUGUAUUAUGAAGUUCUGGACAUACCUCUGCCAGAAUUACAAUGUCUGAAGACGCUCAAAGUUGCCUUCCAUCAUUCUACGAAGGAUGAGAUUGAAAUUCUGAAUGUAAGAUUGCCUAAGCAGAGUACUGUGGGGGAUGUUCUUAAUGAAAUCAAAUCAAAGGUAGAGUUGUCCCAUCCAAAUGCAGAGCUUAGAUUACUUGAGGUCUUCUAUCACAAGAUUUAUAAGAUCUUUCCGCUCAGUGAAAAGAUUGAGAAUAUAAAUGACCAAUAUUGGACAUUGCGGGCAGAGGAAAUACCAGAAGAGGAGAAAAACCUUGGUCCUCACGAUCGUCUAAUUCAUGUUUACCAUUUCACAAAAGAGACUCCACAAAAUCAAAUGCAAGUGCAGAAUUUUGGAGAACCUUUCUUUCUGGUCAUCCAUGAAGGUGAAACUUUAGCGGAAAUUAAAGUGCGCAUUCAAAAGAAAUUGCAGGUUUCAGAUGAGGAGUUUUCUAAGUGGAAAUUUGCAUUUUUAGCAUUGGGGCGCCCAGAAUACCUUCAGGACUCAGACAUUGUAUCCAGCCGUUUUCAGAGGAGAGAUGUUUAUGGUGCUUGGGAGCAGUACCUUGGAUUGGAGCAUGCAGAUAAUACAUCUAAGAGGCCAUAUGUUAAUCAGAACCGUCACACAUUUGAAAAGCCAGUCAAGAUAUACAACUGAAAGAGGUUUGUGAUAUUCCAGCUGGGCUUUGGUUGUAGCGUUCACUCCUGGCGAGCUUAGAAGGGAGACUUGUAAAAGAGUUUGUAGCUAUGACAUGAUGAUGAUAAGUAGAAGGCAGAGAGGAGAUUAGCAUGAAUAUUGUUUUCAUAUAGGGGAUUUUACCACCUUUGUUUCCUCCUGGUGAUUUGGUCAGAUUUUGCAGGCUGUAAGUUUUCCCUUGAUUUCUUUGGGGACGGAGGUCUGUUUCUCUUUAGUUUAGUUAGAAUGCGCGCUGCAGUUUCUGCCCUCGCCUUCAGCUAUUACACUGCUGAGGGUUGGUUCUUUUUGACGUUGUCUUCUGCAUAAUUUAUUCUGCAUAUAAGAUUUUGUUUGAAGGGUAUGUAUAGUUGAUAUAGUCGUUGGGUGCAUUCUGGACAUGUAUUAUCUGUCACUUCUUUUCCAAUUUCCCAUUCCUCUUUUGGUUGUAUUUAAUGUCAUACGAGUGGGGAAUGGAUAUGUACAAGUUCUCUCUAUAGCAUUGGUAUAUGUUUCUAUGCUUCA